CUGCAUCAUAUCAUUAUUGCAUUUGCUCUUACUCCUAUCUUAUACAGCUUAUCAAACACUAUCUCUCUCUCUCUCUCACUCACACAAACAGUGAACAUUCAUUAACCAAGUGGAGGUUGAGAGAUGGGAGCUGAGCCUGAGAUUAGUAUUGCAGAAAUGGAAGCAAUUAUGAGCAGAGCACUAGGAGGUGAUAGCCAUGGCAUGAUGAGAAAAGGGGAGAUGCCAUUGUUGGCGUUGAACCAUGUUUCCUAUGUCUGCAAAUCUGUGCAGAAAUCUGUGGAAUUCUAUGUCAAGGUUCUUGGAUUUGUCCUCAUCCAAAGGCCCUCUUCCUUCAAGUUCGAAGGCGCAUGGUUGUUCAACCAUGGGAUUGGAAUCCAUCUUCUAAAGUCAGAAAACGUGACAAACAAGAAGGACAAAAUAAAUCCAAAAGACAACCACAUCUCAUUCCAAUGCACUGAUAUGAAUCUAAUUAUUGAACGAUUGGAGGGAAUGAAAAUUGAAUUUGUGAAGGCAGUAGUGAGAGAAGGUGGAAUAAUUGUGGAUCAACUAUUCUUCCAUGAUCCAGAUGGUCACAUGAUUGAAAUUUGCAAUUGCCAAAAUCUGCCUGUGCUUCCCCUCACAGCAUGCCCUAUUAGGAAGAUGUCCACUCCCAAAAUCACCAUACCCAAAACGCCAUCGUUUUAUGGAGGGAAGCAGCAAUGCAGUGGGGAAGUAGAAGCCAUGAUGAUUGAGAACCUAGCCAUGGACAUGCUCAACAUUUCCAUUUGAAGAAUAUAUAUAAUUUCAUAUAUAUGUGCAAUUCACAAUGGGAGUUAUAUCUUCAUUCUUUUUGAGAGUUGCUCAGCUAUCAUGCUAAUAUACAUAUAUGGAAAAUAUAUAGUAGUAUUAAAUAUUGUAAUAUAUUUUGAUCAUCGAAUUUGAGUGUGUUUUGAAUGCGAGGAACAUUGUUGUAGUACGUACAUUGAUCAUAAUGUACGACUCAUUCACUAUAAAUAAAGUAAAGAGUUUCCACGCA